CUGCGGUACAGCAGCCUGCGAGGGCGCCCGGACGCUUUUCGCCACAACCCCCACCCUAGCGACGCGCGCCUCGUUGCUAGGGGCGGAGGCUCCCCAGGCUGUGGAGCUCAGAGGGUGCUGGCUCCCUGAGGAUCGGCGACCCCCGCCAGCCUCAUCUCCCGGCUGGGCAGGCCGCCGAUGGAGAUUAGGAAGUGGCUGCCUGAACUAUUUUCUGAAGUAUAAAUAUUACAAAGCAUUGAAUACUGCAGCUCACCAAGAAGAUCCUAUUGGUUUGGGGGACCCAGCUUCCAGCAGCCGCAGGGGAUGCUGCUCCUCCGGCGCCGUCUGCAACGAGCUCCGCCUCAGCAGCUUUUGUGCAGGUUCCGUGCCACGAUGGGGAAACUGCAAAGCAAACUCAAACACAGCACCUACAGAUACAGCAGGCCCGACGCAGUUUUAGAAGAGAGAUUCCAAACUAGAGCUCUUCAAGAGUACAGCCCAGCUCACAUGGACGCCGUCUCUGCUGUUGCUGCUCUGGACUCGGACCUGUGUGUCUCCGGAGGAAACGAUAAGACAGUCGUGGCCUAUAACUGGAAAACCGGAAACGUGGUGAGAAGGUUCCAAGGACACGAGCAUGAAAUCACCAAGAUAGCCUGUGUCUACAAGUCGAAGCAGUUCUUCAGCGCCUCUCGGGACAGGAAGGUCCUGAUGUGGGACCUGCACGGCUCCUCCCAGCCUAGCCAGCAGUUCUCGGGCCACACCAUGGCGGUCACGGGGGUGGCCGUGAGUCCAGACUCAUCACAGCUGUGCACUGGUUCUCGGGACAACACCCUCCUUCUGUGGGACGUGGGGACUGGACAGUGUGUGGAGCGAGCUUCAGUCUCCAGGAACUUGGUCACGCACCUGUGUUGGGUCCCCCGCGAACCAUAUGUGCUGCAGACUUCCGAAGAUAAGACCGUCAGAUUAUGGGACAGUCGGGGGCUGCAGGUAGCUCAUAUAUUUCCCGCAAAGCAACACAUUCAGACCUACUGCCAGGUCAGUGAGGAUGGACACCGGUGCCUCUCCUGCAGCAACGGCUUCGGAGGGGAAGGCUGUGAAGCCACGUUGUGGGACCUAAGGCAGACGCGGAACAGAAUAUGUGAGUAUAAGGGACAUUUCCAGACUGUUGCGUCCUGUGUCUUUCUACCAAGAGCACUGGCCUGGGUGCCUGUAAUUGCUACCUCAUCAUACGACUGCAAGGUGAAGAUUUGGAACCAAGAUACUGGAGCCUGCCUGUUCACCUUGUCUCUGGAUGGAUCAGGACCCUUGACGUCGCUGGCUGUUGGCGACACCACCUCCUUACUGUGUGCUAGUUUCAGCAGAGGGAUUCACUUGCUCAGAGUGGACCACAGCCGAGGGCUGGAGCUGCGGGAAGUGGCCGCAUUCUGAGGCCAGGAGACAUUUGCUGGACAAUAUCACCCCGUGGCCCCUCCUUUCUCAGUGUGACUUUGUGCUUUUCAUGUUGUCUUCAGGGGAGGGCGAUGUGGGGCGUAGGUUCACUUAGAGGGCACAGCAGUGUUAGAAGGCAGUUUAAGGCCACUGGCUCCAAAUCAGAUGCGAAGUUUAGAAAUGUGGACUCAACAUAAGUUUCUCAAGCUGUUAAAUCCAGAUGCAAGUUUUAGUGAACCCUUGGGACUGCUCUUCAAAAAACAGUUUAUGGCUCAAAGUGGAGACCUGUAGGUCUCUGAAAGGGGUCUCUGUGAGAGUCAGGACACAGCGUCUGAGUGUCUUGAAUCGACCUUUUCUGUGUCUCCACAGAAGGAAAAAAAGCAAGGGGGAGAGAAACUGUUUUCCUUGGCUCCAAAUGAUGUACGUGGGAAAGAAUAGUGCAGCGCCAUAGAGGAAAUAGAUCGUAGACACGAUAUGAAGGUCCAGUCACUGCUCCUCGGCAACGUGAAGAAUCAGAGUUAGGGCCAGAAAGCAAAAGCCUUGGCUUCUACUCACAACGGUAGCAGAAAGGGUGGCCAGCCCCUGCAGGUUCCUGAGCCCUUCUUAGACUGGUGCGGAGGUUGCGUGCAAAUAAGGCCGAGAUGGCGUGAACAGGCUGACAACCCCAAGGAACUGGUCCAGGAUUAUGGGAGUUACCAAACUGGUUCCGUAGGCAAGGAAAUGGGGAGGUUGCAAGAUUAAGGCUUAACACUUUUCACUUGUACAUUUUCAUAUUUUUAUUUAGUUUUAUGUAAACUCUCUCUAGGGAAUGGUGGGAGUGAGGCAAAGGGAACAUCUGUGAUGACGAUAGAUCACAGAGAGAAAGUAGAGGCGCAGACCCCACUGUGUGCCGGCCACGGAGCCCCCUCCGUUAGGAGGGGCAGGUGCCCGGUGUGCCUGGGUCUUCCCAGGAGGUCAGUCCCCACAUGGCGCCCAGAAGCCCCUUUUCCUCUCUCUGGUGGAAAUCGAGCUCCUCCUGCCUUCAAGCAGGCCCACACCCCCACCCCCAGAGGAUUCCCUUUCUGAUGAAUCCCAGCCGAAGAAGAUUUUGCAUUGGUCUUCUCUGCCUGCCCCUGACACCCAUGGCUGACAGCCACCUUCCUGCCUCCCCCUGCUCCUCUUCAAGUCCAGCUCCCCCAGGCCAUCCCCACCGACUGGGGAGGAGAAUCUCAAGCUGCUGCAAAGUGUCUGACCUGAGUUUGAAUCUCCAGUUCUCCAUUUAGCUGCAUGAUCUUGGGCACGUAGUGAAAUCUCAGCUUCCUCACUUACUGUGGAGGGCCAUAAUCAUGUUCCUCACGGGGCUGUUCUGAGGACUGAACAGAACCCUGUUAAAUGGCAAGCAAGGCAGUAGGUGCUUAUAAGUGGUAGCCAUUGUUAUUUAUUGCCCUCUGUGCAGAUGACACGCUCUCUUUACCACAUGAAACAUCUACCGUUCCUCAUCCAUUCUCCUUAGAUCUUAUUGUCUAAGCUUUAGUCAUUGCUCAGCUUCCCCUUUGAUCUUGGCACUCGGGAAGAACAAAGGGGUGGUGAACGUGGAAGCUGCAUCAUUGAGCAGCUACAGGUGGCUGAAUACAUUUAUUCUCACUCCCAAUCUUACUGAUACUCCCAUUUCACAGAUGAGGACACAGAGGCCCGAGGUCACACGCAUAGGUAGGAAGGGGAAGUACUGAAAUUUGAACCCAGGCCAGCCUGACUCAAAGCCGGAUUACUUUCCUCCCUUUCCCUUUGCCUUUGGGUGAUGUCACAAAGUUCACGUUGGAAAUGUAUAGAGACUAAAUUGUUGGUGCAUUUUCUAGACCAGUUAUUAACUUUUUGGCUCCAAGGAGAGCUUCCUCACCAGAUGCCCAGAAGCUGUAGACAGGUGUCUCAGGGAAAGUCCCAGGGUACCUGCUAGUGCCGCAGCUGAUCCUUUCUCCUGGACAGGAAGCAGGCAGGAAGUCAGAAAACCCAAGGGAGCGGGUUGGGAGGGGGCUCCCCCGGGGAGGAACAGGCUGCGGUGGGAGGGAGCACAGCUCUGAGAAGACAGUGGGCCUCGGAUGAAUUCGCAGGGCUCUGUUACAAUAAAGUUGUUUCCCCAAACUCUACACAGGUGCGUGAUGUGUAAGUGCCUUAUUGUGCAGUUCAAGUAAAAAAGAGAUGAAUAAAUGUAAAUGUUUUUGUAGGAUUUUUCAGAGUAGGAUUUUCAGUGUUCAGUGUGCCCUACACAGGCACCCCCAGCACCUAAGAUCCUGGCUGCUACAACGCAUUCUUCCCCCCGACCCCUGCCGAACACUUCACGUCAGAGGCGGCCCGCUAAGUUGUAGUGAGGGGUUUUCCAAAGACAGCUGCUUUUUUUCCCCAGAAGGUAUAUAAGCUCUUGGAUCCGGCCAAUUGUAUGUUUAAAAUUUAAAUAAAUUUGUAUUUUGUAUAUUUACCAUUUAAAUAUAUUUACAUAGUUAAGGAAAGGAGUGGUGAUUAUUAAUGACCUUUAUUUUGACACAGGAAAUACAAGUAUAAAACUCAGGUCACUUGGUGUUUUUAACCUUUUAAUACUGAAAAAGGGAACUUAGCUAUUUUUGAGUGGCCUUUGGAAACAUAGUGAUUAAAGAACAGCUUCAUCGUAAAGAAGGCGCUGACUGCUACCUGUUCCCUGAAGUUGGCACUUGCCCCCGGCACAGGCUGCCCGGCCGAGACCACAGUCCCAGCGGGACAUGGCCGUGAGAGUCAGUUCUGGUCAGUGUGUGUGGAGUGGAAGUGACGAUGUGUGUUAACUUCCACCCGGUUCACCUGGAAGAAACGCAUUUGUACGGGACCUGCUCUGGGGCCCUCCCACUAGCCGGAAUGCAGCCUGCCAGUGACAGCUUCAGCUCUUCAGAUGAGGACGAGAUGACCAACCAGCAGAAAAGAAGGAAGCUGGGGCCCGAAGAACCUCAAGGAGCUGAGCUGCUCCGGCAGCCUGACCAGCUGGACUGGACUGUGACUGGAAAGAGAAAUGAACUUCCUUCUUUCUAAGCCAAUUUAUACGUUUUUAACUUUUAAUGCAGGUACACAAUCAUAAGCCAUUUCAGACAUGUUAAGUUUAUAGCUUUUUGAACACACUCUCGCCACCAGUACCUAGGUGGAGAAGCACACUACACCCAGGAGCGUACAUGGCCUCCCUCAUCCUCCCCUCCAGGCCUGUCUGCCAAGGAAUUUGUAACAUCAAAGUCGUUUGUCUGCUGUUCUGUUUUAUGUAGAUGGAAUCAGGCUGUAUUGUAGUCGAUGGAAAAUAUGGCACCAGUGUCUCCCAUUCCUGUAUGCAUGACCUUUUGCAAUGUGACAUUUUCUGAUCAGUAGAUAGGAUCUGCUUCCCCACCCCUUGAACCUGCCCUGGUCUUUUGACUUGGCUUGACGGACAGAAUCCAGGGGAACAAACUCCAGGCCACAUGUGAGGCCCAGGCUGCAGAGGCCUUGCGGCUUCACUUGCACCCUCUUGGAAUGCUGCUCUGAGAUCUCCGUGUCCCAAAGGUGACCUGGGCCACAUGGAGAAAAGCCAAGCACCACCAGGUAUGUGUGUGAGGUCACCUUGGACCUUGCAACCCCGCCAGAUCUGCAGCCAAAUUCAGCCACUGAUGAAAUCACAAGGGAAGCCACAGCUAUUCCAUACAAUCAUGAAAAAUAAUGAAUCACUGUUACGAGACACCAAGUUUUGGGGUAGCUUGUUAUUCAAUAGAUUUAAGUGAAACAAGUAUAUACUUUUAUUUUGGCCAGGCUUUUUUUGCUCAGCAUGUGUGGGAGAUUGAUUCAUACUGUUGCAUGCAGUGGAAUGUUAUUCCUUCCCACUGCUGUAGAGUAUUCUUAUGUGGGACAAUAUUAUAAUUUAUCCACUUCACUACUGAUGGGCUAGCUUCUAGUUUGGGGCUCUUACAAACAGUGCUGCUGUGAACAUUCUAAUAACAUGUCCUCUGGUGAACAUA